AUGACCGUGGAUAUGGACGCAGUCCUAUCCAACUUUGUUCAGACCACGGGAGCGGAACCGGGAUUAGCCAGAGACUUGCUGGAAGGCAAGAAUUGGGACGUGAACGCCGCCUUGAGCGAUUUUAAUCAGCUGCGACAGGUGCACGGCAGGAGCUUGAUGUACGCUUUCCCCCAAGAGAUAAGGGAAAAAGAUAUGGCGCGCCUCGGACGCCCCGUGCUGCAGAGACAAGAUGACGUGACACAAGCCGCCGACAAGCGUCAGCCAAGGGCGGCGGCUGCGUCCCCCGCGCCAGCGGGGGGCGAUGACGAGCGGCUGCUGAACACGCCCGAGUACACCUUCCAGCUGCCCGACCUGAGCGCGUACCAGGACGACUUCCGGGUCAGCGAGCGGGACCUGAUCGAGAAGUCCAUGAUGGUGGCGCUGGAGCACGCCGGGCGUCUGAACUGGUGGACUAAAGUGGUACCCAACUGCCAGAGUUUGUUGCCCCUGACCACCACUGGAGACGGAAACUGCCUGUUGCACGCCGCCUCGCUUGGGAUGUGGGGCUGUCACGACCGCGACCUAUCGCUGCGCAAGGCGCUACACGAGCAGAUGGAUCACGGCGCGGAGCAGGAGGCCCUCAAGCGGCGCUGGAGGUGGCAGCUGACUCAGCAGAACAAAGAGUCCGGUUUGGUGUACAGCGAGGACGAGUGGCAAAAAGAGUGGAAGGAGCUGCUGAAGCUGGCGUCCAGCGAGCCGCGAGUCAACUACAGCAACCAUCUCAACAACCGGGGGGAGUCGUCGGACGAGCCCGUCUACGAGAGCCUGGAGGAGUUCCACGUCUUUGUCCUGGCCCACGUUCUCAAGCGGCCCAUCGUGGUGGUGGCCGACACCGUGCUGAGGGACUCGGGAGGAGAAGCCUUCGCCCCCAUCCCCUUCGGCGGUAUCUACCUCCCGCUGGAAGCGGACGCCGCCGACUGCCACCGCUCGCCGCUGGUGCUGGCUUACGACCAGGCGCACUUCUCGGCGCUGGUGCCCAUGGAGCAGAAGGAUGGUUCGGCCGAGCGAGUGGUGAUCCCGCUGACUGACUCGGAGCACAAAAUGCUGCCCCUGCACUUUGCCGUGAAUCCGGGGAAAGACUGGGAGUGGGGCAAGGACGACGCCAGCAACACGAUGCUCGGAAGUGUGACUCUGUCGUUGGAGGCGAAGCUCCAGAAGCUGCACACCUACAUGACCGUCACCUGGCUGCCGCUUCCCUGCGAGCAAGCGCCGCUGGCCCAACCCGAGUCGCCCACCGCCUCGGCCGGAGAGGACGCCCGCACGCCCCCGGACUCGGGCGAGUCGGACAAGGAGUCGGUCGGCAGCGGCUCCAAUGGCGACGCCGCCGCGCCGGCCAAGAACAACUCGUCGGCCUCGUCCGCGUCCUCCAACGGCGGCGGGUCGACGGCGUUGGGGCUAAAGGACAAAUCGAAGAAGGAGAAGGACAAGAAGAGGGCCGAGUCGGUGGCCAACAAACUGGGCAGCUUCGGCAAGACGCUGGGCAGCAAGUUGAAGCGCAACGUGGGUGGGCUGAUGACGGGUAAGAGCGGCGGAGGCGCGCACGGCAAGAAGGAGACCACCAGCGGCGGUGGCAAAAAGAAGCCCGAGAAGGACGGCUCUCCCCCCACCUCGGAAGACUCCUGCAAGGGCUCGCCCUCGUCGGGCAGCGAGCGCCUGGACGGGACGGGCGCCGAGGGCGAGGCCUACAAGUACGGCGCCGAGGUCAAGGCCAGCCUGGGCCUCCUGAAGGCGGCCAUGCACGGCGAGAGGAAGUUCAUUUUCGCCGGCGUGCUGGCCAUCGACGACCGCCACCCGCAGCGGGAGCGGCGCAUCCAGCGAUACCUGACCGAGGUGGAGGAGCGCUUCCGCGCCGAGCAGGAGCAGCGCCGCGAGGCCGAGCGCAAGGCGGCGGCGCCGGAGCUCGACCCGUCGCCCUCCUCGGGCCGGCUCCAGACCUCCCUCCUCAACCCGUCGAUGUACUCCGGCGUCGUGCCCAUCCCGCGGCCCUCCGUCCUGGAGCGCCCGCCCUCUUCCGGGGCUUUCCGCGCGCUCCCGGCGGACACUCGGCGGCAGCUGGCCGGCGGCUCCUACCCCUCCUACGUGACGCUCCCGCGGCACAACCCCGCAGUUUCUAACUCGGAAGUCCCCGCCCCCCUUCGUCCGCCACCCCAGCUCAUCCCGCCGGACUACCCCUCCGACGACUCCCCGCCGCCGAUGCGCCACCACUCCCUGGGCAGCGCGGGCGCCCUUCCCGGCCCGCCGUCCGCUCAGUGUCGGACCCCCGACUGCAAAUUCUACGGACACCCCGAGACGGGCAACUACUGCUCCUACUGCUACCGCGAGAAGAAGGAGACUGGGCCCGUCCAGAGGUUUUGA